CGUCUUACGACGGAGAGAGACAACGUCUUUGAACGACGAGUUGAAGUUAAGGCGGUGGUGGCGUAACAAAAACAGAGAAAAAAAAAAAAAAAUUCAAAACCCCAAAUUUUGAUAUCCUAAGAAGUGAAGAGAAGAGAGGCGAAGAAUCAAAUUCGAAUUCGAAUUCGCCUGAGGAUGGUUUCAGUGUUAAUUGAAUCAUCAUCAUCACAAGCCGAAAGAUUCUGUUCAUCGUAAAGCUCAAAAAUGGAAGGCAAAGAUGGUGAACGCGAUCAAGCUGAUAAAGCAGACGUAAAGCAUUUGGGAUUGUCAGCGAUUCAUUUGAUCUGCGCAACCGUCGGCACCUACGCCGUUUAUCAAACACUGCGAGGAGCUUUUCGUUCGGGCUAUACCCAGCCUUUUGGUUCAGCAUGGAAAGCGUCGAAAGGUGGUUCUUUCCGAACGUCUUAUCAGGAGGAAGCAUGGAGAAGGUAUAACAAACGGAUGAAAGAGGAGUACGAGGAUGAGUUGGAGAGAGUGGAACGUAUCAGGCGUAUGCAAAGCGUUUUCAACAGAGAGAGGAGUAAAUUUAGGAGGGGCUACGAGAACUGGAGAGAAAAUGAUCCUGGUGCACAGCAGUACCAUCAGGAGUUUCAGCGUAAUGAUUGGUACUGGAAAACUGAGUCUUCGCAUAGAAACCAAAGGACCAAUUACCAGGAGCCUCCGAACCAGAGAAGAGUAUAUCCAUUAUCACAUCAUUACUCGGUUUUAGGGCUCAGCAGGUCAAGGGCAACUCCAUACACAGAAGCUGAGAUUAAGAAAGCAUUCAGGGAAAAAGCUAUGGAAUUCCAUCCGGACCAAAAUCAAGAUAACAAAGUUGUAGCUGAAGCAAAAUUCAAAGAAGUGUUACUUUCAUAUGAAGCUAUAAAAGAGGAAAGGAAAGAGAAGUGAUUCUUCGUACGCUCUGAAGGAAUUCGAAUACUGUCAAAUGAACAAAACAGGUUUCGUUGGGUGUAUUCCCAUUAUAGGUUAAUUUAAUAGUCUUGCGGUUUGCUCUUUUUACUUUAUUAAGAUUCUUUGUUGUAAUCUGUAAUAAAACCAAUCCACAGCUUAUAUAUUUUGAGAAGAGGUGAUAGAUACUCUCUUAAAGAUUGUUAGGAUAUGAGUUUCACCUUGGUGUUUAGAAGGAUAUGUGAUUCUGAUAACAAUACUGUUUAGAUGCAAUCAAUUUUGGUUA